AUGAGCUUCGCCACCUCUGCAACCCGUCAAUCGUCUUCCCGUCCUCCGCGUUCUUCUUCUUCUGCUCGACAGUGCCUUCUCUGCGGCCGAUCUGGACAUGAAGCCCCAAAUUGUUUUCGGGUCAAACCCUGCCCUCACUGUCAUCGUACGGGCCAUGACCCUCGUCGCUGUUUCGAGGUCGUCGGAUAUCCGGCGGGCUGGACAGGCAAGUCUUCUUCUCCGGCGGGGCAAGGGCGAUCGAGCGGCGCAUCUCCUUCUUCUGCUGGGACUGACCGAGGAUUACUUCCCUCAAAUUCUGCCAAAUCGCACGCUACAGCUCUUGUUAGGGCCAAUUCUGUUGGGCCGAGUCUUGAUGGGCCUAGUAAUAUUGGUAGUAAUAUUGGUCCUUCUCUUCAAUUUGGCACUUAUAAUGCUAAUCAUGUCCCAGCUGGUACAGGUUUGAGCCCGGAACAAUGGCAAGCAUUGCUACUCCUCAGCAGAAUGGUCGAGUGGAACGCAAGCAUCGUCAUAUUCUCAAUGUGGCGCGUGCUCUGCGUUUUCAGGCUAAUCUGCCCAUAG